AAUCAGCUGGACCUGCACACGCAUCUGAAUUCUAACUGUUUUUUUAACCUGUUGCAUUUAAUAAUAAUAAGAAUACAAUAAGAAUGUCAUUCCUGCGCAAAUCAGUCAAACUGUUGAAUGCAGCAGCGGGGAGGCAGCAAAAUCUCAAAGCGAUUGUUGGAUCCACCUUGCGGCAUCAGCGGACUUACAGCUCUGAACCGCCAAAUGAUUAUGCCAAUUUUCCUGGAGCCAAGGCCCCGUUUGUAAGUAAACUGAAGCUAAAUAUGCCGGAGGAUUAUGCGCCCAUACCCAUUUACCGCGUUAUGGAUCGCGAUGGUUUCAUUGCCGAUGAAACGCAAGAUCCCCAGCUAGGCCGCGAGGUGGUGGAGAAGAUGUUCCGCGACAUGCUGCUGCUUAAUACAAUGGAUAAAAUCCUAUAUGAAUCGCAGCGCCAGGGGCGCAUAUCGUUCUACAUGACCAAUUUUGGCGAGGAAGCCUCUCACAUCGGCAGUGCGGCCGCUUUGGAGAUGAGAGACCUCAUCUAUGGCCAAUAUCGUGAGGCCGGUGUGCUGGUCUGGCGUGGCUUCCGCAUUGAUCAGUUCAUCGAUCAGUGCUAUGGCAACGUAGAUGAUUUGGGUCGUGGCAAGCAAAUGCCCGUACAUUAUGGCUCCAGAGAGCUGAACUUUGUCACCAUCUCAAGUCCACUGUCCACUCAAAUGCCACAGGCUGUGGGUGCCGCCUAUGCAAUGAAGAUGCGACCGAACAACGAUGCUUGUGUGGUCUGCUACUUUGGGGAGGGUGCGGCUUCGGAGGGAGAUGCUCAUGCGGCCUUUAAUUUCGCUGCAACGCUGAGUUGCCCCGUCAUUCUCUUCUGUCGCAACAAUGGCUUUGCCAUAUCGACGCCCUCCCAUGAGCAAUACAGAGGCGAUGGUAUAGCUGGUCGUGGUCCGAUGGGCUAUGGUAUUGCCACCAUCCGUGUGGAUGGCACCGAUGUCUUUGCCGUAUACAAUGCCAUGAAAGAAGCUCGAGAGUAUGUGCUGCGUGAGAACAAGCCGGUGGUGUUUGAGGCCUUGGCCUACCGUGUGGGACAUCAUUCCACCUCGGACGACAGUACAGCAUACCGGUCGACAGAGGAAAUAGAGGUUUGGAACUCCGUAGAGCACCCGAUCUCGAAGCUUAAGCGCUACAUGGUACACAAGGGCUGGUUCGAUGAGGCGGAGGAAACCGCAUACAUCAAGGAAGUGCGCAAGAAGGUACUCAAGCAGAUUGCUGUGUCCGAGAAGAAGCUAAAACCCAACUGGAAGGAGAUGUUUGAGGGCGUGUACGCCGAGAUGCCCGAGCAUUUGGUGGAACAGCAGCGCGAGCUCCAGGAGCAUAUAGAGGCGCACAAGGACAGCUAUCCUUUGAAGGACUUUAAGCAGUAGAUCUGAUCUGUAGAUCUAACGAAAUCGAAAACCGAGAGACUCCAACAAAAGUGCAUUUAUUAUGAUUAAGCUUUUAUAGACAAAUUUUGUUUUUCUGUGUGGGUUCAACCCUUAACUUAAUUCAAUUGUUACUAUUAUGACUCCAUCCCCUGUGUAGGUGUUACGAAAAGGUGUUAAAAUUUAUUAGCUUUGAUUUACAUAAAAUAUACAUAUACUGAAAACAAUACAAAAUACAAAUACACAAAUAUAUAUAUAUACUUUCGACUUAAAGCAACGCAUAACUCGGCGGUUGGCUGGCUGUAAAUGUGAAGGUGAAGAAGCUAUCUAUCUAAAGACUACGAAAACAAAAGGACACGUCUCUCGCUGAAGCUGCUUGGCUGGAAUGGAUGUUGUGGGUGGAUUGCCCCUCAAUUGGUGCGCAGCUGGUAGUCCCCGUUCUGCGUUAUAUACCGCACCCAGGGCAAGGCCUGGUAGCCGCUCUUCUCGAUGAUCUUUAGAUAGCGCACCUGAAUGCCCGAUGUGGUAAAGUACGGUAUCUCGAAGCGCACCUGUAUCGGUGGCUUGCCCUCUGUAUUCUCCUCGCUCUCCACACUGGGCAAACCAAAGUGGGCUCGCAUCAGAUACUCCUUGCCGCCAGGGAACGAUUUCACCGUCCAAAUGAUGGCAUUCUGUUCGGGCGCAUACUUGCAGCUGCCAAUGGUCGUCUUGAAUUUGGGGGAAUCUGCAUCGGCCGGCACGGG